UACAUUCAGCACCAGGGGCGGACUGACAACUCAUGGGGCCCUUGGACAAUAGGGGAUCAUGGGGCCCCUGUGUCCUUGCCCAAACUCAAAAAAGCCUAUGAAAAAGGUACCAGGGGCAUCUCAUGGGGCCCCCUACUGACCCUGGGCCCUUGGGAAGUGCCCGAGUUUCCAAAUGGUCAGUCCGCCCCUGUUCAGCACCAAGGGGUUAAACAGGAAUUGAAAAAAAUUGGGACACUGCGAAAAAAAAAAAAAAAAAAACCUGCUCAAAUUUUGUAUUUUUUUUUUUUUUACUUUUAAUGUGUUAAUUUUUUUAUUUUAUUUUAUAUUAUUAUGC